UUACUGCAUCAUACGAACGUUUAUUCUUUCCCGACUGCGAUUCAGACCAACUGCCUGAAAAGCAGACCAUCUAGAGCAGUGGAGAAGUGCACCUUAAUUGUAUACUGAGGUCUUGUCGGCCAUCAGUGCAGCUGUUCCAGGGAAAGGUGAUUUAAGGUACCUGCAGUUCCCGAAGGGGUACUGUCACUGUGCCCUGUUAGAUUAAGGACCGAAUGCGUACUAUUGUGGACGGUCCUUCAGCACGUUCACCGCGGCCUGAAGGACGCAGUCGCGGUCGUUUCAGUAACCCGAUCCUCAGUGAAGCAGCGAAUGUCCAGACAGAAGUAUAAAAGCGGGUAAUUGGCCCGCGCGUCUGAGAGGCAUGACAGAGCGCGCGGUGUUGGGAGAUCUGAGGCGGCGCCUGUGCUCGUGCAACCGCUCCCGCGCGAUGGCGGCAUUCAAGGGCGUCUGGACGCAGGACUUCUGGCGGGCGGCGUCCGGCGAGUUCCUGGCGACGCUCAUCUUCGUCCUGCUCAGCCUGGGCUCCACCGUGAGCUGGGCGGCGGCGGCGGCGGCGGCGGGCGAGGAAGGGGAGGAGGAGGAGAAGAAGCCGCCGCCCGCCGACCUGGUGCUCAUCUCCCUGUGCUUCGGGCUGACCAUCGCAACCAUGGUGCAGUGCUUCGGCCACAUCAGCGGCGCCCACGUCAACCCCGCCGUCACCGUCGCCAUGGUGUGCGCCCGCAAGCUCAGCCUGGCCAAGGCCCUCUUCUACCUGGCCGCGCAGUGCCUGGGAGCCGUGGUCGGCGCGGGGGUGCUCUACAUGGUGACUCCAGCGUCCGUGAGAGGAGGGCUGGGGGUUACUGAGGUCAACAGCACCAUCUCUGUGGGCCAUGCCCUAGUGGUGGAGCUGUUCAUCACGUUUGAGCUGGUCUUCACCGUGUUCGCGACCUGCGACCCCAAACGCCACGACCUCAAGGGCUCGGCCGCCCUGGCCAUCGGCUUCGCCGUCUCCAUCGGGCACCUGUUCGCCAUCCCCUACACGGGCGCCAGCAUGAACCCCGCCCGCUCCUUCGGCCCGGCCGUGGUCACCUGGAGGUGGGAGAACCACUGGGUGUACUGGGUGGGUCCCAUCAUGGGCGGGGUCCUGGCCGCCGCCCUGUACGAGUACCUGUACUGCCCCGACCCGGAGCUGAAGAAGCCGCUGGGCGGCGCCUUCGCCCAGGACCCCUACCCCUCGGCCAAGUACAAGGAGGUGGCGGACGGAAGGUUCCGGAGGGACGCGGACGAGCUGGUGGUCAGCCCGGGCCCCUUCCACGCGCCGGACAGGCCCGAAAAGAGGGAGAGGGACCCGUCCGGCGAGGUCCUGUCCUCCGUAUGACUAGCGCGGAGCGCUGAGGAAGGAGACGCCCCCGCCGCGCUCUACCGCUGCCCCGCCUCCGCCCUCAAAGAGACGGACCUCCUGUGAGCGCGCUCCCUCCCUCGGACCCUGGCGCUCAAAUCGCGCCCAAGGCUCGGGGGGGGGGGGGGGCGGGCGCGACAACCGCUGGUUCUCCUCCCCUACCUUUACCUGGUACUCCGUCUGGGGAAGACAGCGUCUGGCCAAUCAGUAGCACUAGCUGUUCACUUGAUUACCGGGAGGAAUCGGAUUUCUACUCCGGGGACAGAUUUGCGUUUUGACGCUCUAAGGAAGUCGAGCAGGGUCGACGUCACUACACUAGAUAAUUUGGGUUACUCCGCUCAAGGGUACAAUGGCAGUGCCCAACCUAGGAUUCACCUACCAACCUCUGGUUAUUUGGCACAGUUAAGUUAUCUGUAACCAGCAAACUGUGGCCGUUGCGGUCGUGGUAGCCAUUUUACUGGUAUGACAGCGCCGGCGAACCCAUUUGUCUCUUUGCUCCUCUGAGACGUGCUGUGGGAUAUUAUCAUUAGAUAACGAUGAUAACAUUUACGCUGUGACAGUCAAGAUGACGUUACAGAGAGGUCGCGUACUGCACAGGGCCUGCUCGGACGUUCACACAAGGCCUUUUUUUGUGCCUGUCUCCUUUCUCAGUGCUCAGUGCUCCAAUGAGAAAUGCUCGUUUCAGCAUUCAGAGACUCUACACUGUGCUGCCAUUCAACAGUGUCAACACCUUUGACUUUUAGCACAGGUUAGUCUAGCGUAGCUGCAGCGUAGCUGCAAAAGUAAUGCUUUUUAAUGAUUUGCGGUGUAUUUUUUAUAUUGUACACCUUCUGGUACGUUUUUGCCUGAGGAAUUCUGUGUUGGAUUUUGACUUGUUCACUUCCCGUUCGUCGCUCGAUUCUGCUGAUCUUUAGGUCUCUCAUUUCUUGGACCUGACAGGCCAGUGGUUUUGCGAAUACUGAUUAUAAUCGUACCAAUGAAACGGUAAAUGGUAAUCAUCCUUCUCUUAGAAUCCCAUACGCCCGUGAGUGUUUUCCCAAGUAUAACCAACACAAUUGAACAUAUAGAGCUGUCAAGAAUCCCUUACUACUACGGCCAAGAUGAACUGAUAUAAAGGAAUGUUAUCCCCAAUCUUGAUAGCAGCAACCACACAGCUGUAAAAGUCUAUUUUUGAUAACUUUUUUUAAAAAUCAAUGUAGUUUAAACAUUAAAUAAUAAUAAUGAUAAAAUAAUAAAUAUCAGGAAACUGAAAAUCUCGCUGGUGUGUUCCAUGAUUUUCAACACGUACUGCAGAAUUUAUUUCAUGCCCUGGAGUCACUAUUUUUUUUUUUUUUUGAUAUAUGGCUUAUUUUCCAAUAUAUUUUCUGUGUUGGCGUUCCCCAGCCAUUCGACUGCACUGGGUGAUACACUAGACAGAGUGUAAUGGAUUCAUUGAUUGCAGGGUCGCAGAGGUCGCGAUACCUUGUUCACAGAGGAUUACAGAGUCGUGAUGAAUCGGAUUACAGCUGCACUACAGCUAAGGGUGCUCUCCGCGCCAUCCUGGGCAAAACCAUAGCCGCGGGAGGGAAGCACUAGCGCUGGCUGCAAGUCAGCUGGACUCUAUAAACACACCCCUUUCAAUUCAGUUCCACCCAUUGGAGUCAUGUGACCCUGGGGCGUGACUUCCUGAGAGAGCUGUGAUGUCACAAUGAGAGACGAUCAGUGACGCAGUUGAUUCAGCUCACUGUGCCAGGAUGAGACGAUCAGUCGGGUGACUCAUCUGUGUGUGUGUGUGUAUGCGCUGACCUUUAACCUUUGUGAUGUCACUGCUCCCCCAAACGCUCUUCCGGAAACGCUCGAUGAAUAGGCCGGAUUUGGGGGAAGGCGUCGGCGCGUCCGUUUUAUCGUAUUUGCCGCCUUCGUUCGGCUCGCGUUUUGAUUCACGGCGAGAGUCCACGUCUACUUCAGAUAAAGAAUGCAGACGCCAGGAUAAGGGUGCGAGAGAAAGAGUAACACUGAUGCUUCACUGGGAUCCUCAUGUAAACCCAAAGCAUCGACAGAGCGUGAUAAUGUAAGAAAACACAAGCUAAAUGGCUUUAAGCCCCAUUGAUUAGUGCUCUGCAGCCACAAGAGGGACCGAUGCUGUUCCAGCUCCAUCUGUUUAAGUCCCAUUAUCGCCUCCCUGCUUGAAUGAAAGACGAUUUUUUUUCCCACAUAGAUUUCACUGUAAAACACUCAGACAUUUGUCAAAUAGUCCAUGAAAAGCAUUGGGUGAUUUGAUCCCUGCUAAAUGCUGUAGGAUGUUUGUGUUCUAGGCACAAGACAUUUGUCUGUUUUUUGGACGAAACAGCACGGUUCAUCCAUCCAUCCAUUAUCUAUACCCGCUUAUCCUGGGCAAGGUCGCAGGGGGUACUGGAGCCUAUCCCAGCGUGCAAUGGGCAAGAGGAGCACUAUUCAGAUCAUAGUAAAUAUAAAUACAAGAGCAGUCCUUAUCAAUUGGUUGAGUUUAUGUUUUUCAAACAUAGAUUGAUUUUUUUUUUUUAAUUGUCAGUCGAAUGGGUGUGAGGCUCUAUAUAUAUUCUAACACUAAAAUUUAAAGCAAAUCACUAUAAAUACAAACCCAGAUGACCAAGUUACAAAAAAAUAAUAUCAUUACAUAUGACUUGUGCUACGUAUAUAUAAACAUAACCGUUUUGACAUUCAUUAUAGUUUGUAUGCAUUAUUAUUUAUUAUUUUUCUACAUUGGGAUUUAUCUGUUUAAUUGUUAUAGAUAUACCCUGUAACUGACCAUAUUGAAGCUAUGGCUGUUGACUAAUGUUUAAAAAAAAAUUUCCCUGGCCAGACUUGUGAUUUUUUUUUUCUACAAUAUAGCAUUCGGCUGAGAAAAAUUCUUUUCAUAGGCCUCCUGAAAAUGUAUCCGUAAACAUACUGCCUUUAUUGACAUUUCAGAAGCGGCUUCUCACCUGGAAUUUAAUGAGGGCGUUGGAGCGUGACCGGGGGGAGGGAGGGAGGGAGGGAGGGGGUUUAGAGAGCGGGCGAGGAAGAGGAAGAUUCAGACGCGCUGAUGGUGAUGGAUGGGCUCCCCUAACAGCACACCCUGCUUCACACGCCGAGAGCGGAAAUUACUUUCUUCUUCUUUUUUCCUCUGGCCUUUCAGAGAGUAGUUUUAUGUAAUCUCAUUCCAUCACUGUGGACACAGAAAUGGGUAUUUUACUCUGUCAUGAAGUUGUGUGAUUCGUCAAAAUGAUGAGUUAUUUCCUCAGAAGAAAAAAAAAGGGUAAUUUUGUGUCCUCUGCAUCAACAGUUACUCAAGAGCAGCUGGAUGGCAGUUAUAAAUUGAAAGAUAAGUACGACGCCGCAGACAGAUCAUUACUUACAAUCUCAGGCAUAAUUGAGCUGACAGUAUGUCCCAUAAAUGAGCCAGUCUCAGAGGUGCUACACUGCUUCGAAAUGCGAGGUCAUAUUACAGUUCUGUGAAGGUAGGCAUUUUUUCGCCAACAUAGGAGGUUUUGACUGAAGUAGAAUGGAAUGGGGUUGGAGCAAAAAUUGAUAAUCGCACCACAACACACCACCACCGUCGUAGCUACCAUGACCCACGCGCAAUGGUGUCAAAUGCACAAGCGCAUCGCCACGCACAUGAAAAUUCAACAUUAAAAUAAAACACCAACCUCAAACUGAGUUUCUACAAUGAACAGAGAGGACUGUAAGGCGUCAGGAUUGACCUACCGACAGCGAAAAUCAUAGCUGCGCUCUCGGUGUUAGCUCCCGGUCUCAGUCCCGAACUGUGGAGAGCAGCACACCCGUAAGCACCUAGACUGAUUAGCUAACGCAGCCCAGGUGCGUGUGCUUUCACCACCAGCCGGCGCAGCCGAGACCAAUCCGCCUCUCCGGCGGAUCGACUGCUACAGAAGCAUAUUGUGAAGUUGGGGCUUGAAGUUGUAGCUUGCAAUUAUCUGAAGUACGUAUGCUCAGCGUCAAGGUGUCUAUUUGGGGUUGACUUCUGACACGUUCGAAAAUAGCCAUCCAAGCUUUUAGCAGUUAGAGACCCUGCAAUGGCUAAAAUGCGCUAAUUUCCUAUCUGAUCAGAAGUCUACAUGGGCCAUUGGCUGUUCCCCUGUGGGAAAUUCGUAGCAGUGUUUGGACGGAGUUAAUGUCAAGUUAUGAUUUUUUUUCAUCUCGUUCUGUUCGUGGAAAUGAACGAACGAAAUAAUCAGAGCUGACUGCGUUCACUUUGAUGUAUGAGUGAGUUCGGACUGUUUACUAAUCACUCUCCUGCGACAACAAACUCAUAAAUAAGGAGAUAGCGCACAUAAAAUAAAGAGCACAAGGUCGUA